GAUGACGCGGUUACCACGCGCCAACUAUCUGUGUCAAAUUAAAAGUCCUGUCAAAAGAUUACAUUUUCUCUUUAAUGACACACGUUAUGCGGUUCAAUAUUGACAGAAAAACUCGGGAAUGUUUGCACAAACCAUUGCACGUGGAGACAAAGUAAAAUAAUAUAAACUUUACGAACAAAACGUCGUGUUGGACAGCAGGCUCUUUGUAUUUUUAACUUGUUUACGUCGAAGCGAGCUGUCGAGGGGAGAAGGGAUAUCUGCUGGUGAAUUUCAUACAAUUUCCUCAGAUCUCUAGAUCACCUGAUGCCGCCAGGUAAUUGGCUGCAAGCGGAUGGAUGAAUGGCUGAGGCAUGCUGGAUGCUGGAGGCUGGUUACUCUCUAGUCUAGUGGGGGAUUCAACGUGUGUCUCCUGUUACUGCUGCGCUUCCUCCUCCUGUGUCCCUCCAUCGCAGUCGGUCUCCUUCGGCCUGUGAGCGGAUGAAUGCCAAAGCCUGCGAUCUUACCGUCGCCAAAAGGACUCCAUGUCUUUCUUGGACUGUUCCUGCAUCUCCCACACUCAGGUCCAGCCCUUGGACAUAGAGGAGCGCUAUGAGGACAUCAGCCACCAGCUCCUGAGCUGUGACAGUUCUGAAUACACUCUGCAAGGGCCAGCAGGUGGCGAUGACAUCACAGGGCUGUCAGCUGAGCCAGUCCACUACCAGCUACUGUCUGAGCUGGGGAGGGGCUUCAAUAACCUCAGCCAGGUGAACAUGGCACGCCACAUCCCCACUGGUCAGCUGGUGGCUGUCAAACAAACCAACCUGGACGAGUGCACCGAGGAGGAGCUGCUGCAGCUCAUGAACGAGGUUCUGCUGUCCAGGCUGUUCCGUCACCCCAACCUGCUGACCUCUCGCCUGGUGUUCAGCUCCUGCUGCCAGCUAUGGGUCCUCACACCGCUCAUGGCCUAUGGCUCUGCAGACACCUUACUAAGAACAUACUUCCCAGAUGGAAUGAGUGAGUCCCUGAUAGCGUACCUGCUGUACGGCGUGCUGAAAGCAUUGGAAUACCUGCACCAGAUGGGCUAUGUUCACCGGGGUGUGAAGGCCAGUCAUAUCCUGCUGUCAGGAGAGGGGCGUGUCUACCUCUCAGGGCUCCACAGUAUUUACAGUAUGAUGCGUGAGGGGAAGAGGAUGAGGGCAGUUUUUGACAUGCCCCACCACAGCCCUGCCCUGUUGCCCUGGCUCAGCCCUGAACUACUGCGACAGGACCUGCACGGUUACGGAGUAAAGUCAGACAUCUACAGUUUAGGUAUUGUUGCCUGUGAGCUGGUCAGCGGCAGGGUGCCUUUCCAGGACAUGCCCCCCACUCAGAUGCUGCUUCAGAAGCUACGCGGCUCCCACUGCUGCCUGCUGGAUGUGGCUCCAUUCCCGCUGGGAGAGCUGGGGGGGCUGAAGGUGUCCCGGUCCGGGGUAGACUCCGGCAUCGGGGAGAGCGUGGCCACCGGCAGCAUGACACACAGCGCAACCGCUCCUCCUACCGACCGACCUCAGAGCCCUGCACCCAAAAACCACUCAGCCACUCUGCACAACCUGGUCCAGCUGUGUCUGCAGCAACAGCCUGAGCGCAGACCGUCAGCAUCUACACUGCUGACCCACGCCUUCUUCAAGCAGGUGAAGAGACACACCAGAGACACCUUCCUCAGCCUCAUGUAUCCAGCAGUGCCCCUCACCAGCCCCGAUGACCCUUCAGUAUCCUGCCCCCCCGCCUUAUCCUGCCACACUCUGGCGUCAACCUCCACCGACACCACUGAGGCUGUGUGGGACUUCUCCUAACCCUAAUUCUCUGUCCCUAAAUCUCCAAAUACUGACUAGCAAGCCAAUGACAAGACAAUCGAAGCAAAGCAAUGAGGCCAACUUCUACUGUGCUUUUAUUUUGUAUUAUUAACCCAACUCUCUGAGCCUUUUUUGAGUAGUUUUGGAGGUAUUUUAUAUGUUUGUCUGAUGAAUACAUUAAGUUUGGGUGACGGGUUGGUGACAAGACUGUGAAAGUGCUGGAUCAAAGACGCUGCUCUGAUCAUUUCUAAAGGAUCUAUGAUGACACUAAGGAACUUUCAACAACUCCCAUGACAACACUAAUCAGUUGACUAAUAAUCACGCACUUCCUCUGAGAUAAAAGGCAACUAUGAGUGAAAGAGAAAGUCCACCAAGAAAUAUUUUGUUAAAAACAACUAGUUGUGCUAAACAGUAUAUGGUGUUUUUACUGACAUUGUCUGUAAUUGAAAUAAAUAAGAAAAUACUUGUAAAAGUAAAAUCUUAAUAGGUACUGACAAAUUAACCCCUGAAGCGUAAGUGACUAUGCUCAGGUGGAUUGUUCUUUACGGUGUACUGUAUUCAGACUGAAAAGUGAAUACUGAGAUAGCUAUGUAAAAAGAGCAAAUGAGCAAUAUAGUAUAUCUAGUGUCCAACGUAGGACUUAGAAACCAUCAGUAGAAACAGUAGAUUCCCUGCCUUUGUUGUCAGUGAUUCGUCUAAAGAAUAUUUCUACUGUGCUGAGUGACCACUUCUCCAAUAAUGCCUUUGUUUUAAUGAACCCUGCAUUCUGAAUAUCCAUCUGUAACUGUGAUUAAGUGUACUGUAUAUGAGAACUGUGAUCUACGGUACAUAUCAAACAUGGUAGCUGUAUGAGCCUUUUAUAUGUAUAUGUAUAUAUGUAUAUAUGUAUAUA